AUAUAUAGGACGAGGUUGACGAUGAGAGUGAUCCAACAACCAAGAAGAUCGAGGAGAAAGUGAAGGAAAAUCAAAUUGCAGCAAAAAAUGGAGGGAGUGUACUACAAAGUUUUGUUUGGAGUAGCACUGUUUAUUGUUGUAAUGAUGAGUGAAGAAGCUGCGGCCGCGACACAACAUGUAGUUGGGGGAAGCCAAGGUUGGGAUGAAUCUACAGACUACAAAACAUGGUCUUCUGGUCAGACAUUCAAGGUCGGCGAUCAACUUGUUUUCAAGUACACUGCAGGGCUGCACAGUGUGGUGGAACUUGGUAGCGAAACUGCAUACAAGAGUUGUGACAUUACCAGCUCAGUCAAUUCCUUGAAUGGUGGCAACAAUGUGGUGAAAUUAAACAAAGCCGGUACUCGCUACUUUGCUUGUGGAACUUCAGGCCAUUGCGGCCAAGGAAUGAAAGUUAAGAUUACGACAGUCGCUGCAGAUGCUGCAUCUUCUCCUUCUUCUUCCUCUUCUUCCUCUACUUCGCCCCCUUCAACUACUUCUGACGCUCCUGUUUCACACUCGUUUGCACAUGUUUUGAUGGUCACAUUGCUUGUAGCCAUUUCUAUGUUCCUAGUAUUUUGAACAAUGUUGUGAGGCUUGUUUGUUUGUUUGUAAGAGCAAAAUAUUAUAUUUAAUUUUGUUUUGUUUUAAGUGAGAUUA